GUGACCAGACACACUAAGAGCCUCCUCUGAGCCUAUUGCAAAAUCCCUGUUUGGCGGACAGGCUGCUCUAGCUUAUAAGGGCGAACAGUUCCCUCCCAUAAUCAUUUAUAUGCUUUUAUUUAAGAGUUUUCCCUCAAUUUGUUAUAUUAUUUUAGCUACGAACCUAGCUAACGGGUUAUUUGUCGAACGUCUAAAUCAGAAGACCACAAUGAAGACACUCGACUGGCCGCAGAUACUUGAGAGAUUCCAAAAGGGGCCUUUCUGGGACUGUUGCCGAUGCACCGGUGGGACAUAUACCGUUCAACAAUCCGAGAUAUGUCAAAGCUGUGAGCAUGGGCGUUGCAUCGCCUGCCCUAUCUGGACGGAAUAAAUAUGCUUGUGAGAUGAGAUUGAAGUGAUGACUGAGGGGUCAAGUUUGGGCAAGCCCUGACUAUUCCAUUGAACAUUCAUUACCCGCUCACUCCUAUAGUGAGAGCGUCGAUAGUAUUCCACAAUUCCAUAUCGUAUUAAACUAAAGUGGUGGAACAUAGUUACUAGAUCUAGCGUAGUGUAUAGUGCCAGACUAGGCAAAUAUAGCGAUUGGAAUGGCUGCUUUUGGCGUACAAAUUGUGCGAAUGACCAUCGCACAGGCUGUGGCGCCGUAAGCCGCCACGGC